AUGUCUGUUAACACUCAGGAGGAAAUCCAUCACACAACAAGAAGAAGAAAGGUCAAUUAUGCUGAAAUAGAACACACUUAUGAUUUUAUGGAUACUGACGACGAAGAAAAUUAUCAACCCCCUAAAAUUGACCCUAAUAAUAACAAUAUUGUAACUGAAGAUAAUAUACCCAUUGGUAGAAAUAAUACUGGAAGAAAAAGAAGAAGACAAAGAAGAAAAAUUGAAAAUGGUGACUAUGACGAUGAUGAAAGUUUCCAUGAAGACACUAUAGAUGAUCAUAGGGAUGAUGAUGAAGAAGAAAACUAUACUGCACAGGAGUUUAUUCAUUAUGAUGAUGAUGACGAUUUUAUUGUGGGUCAAAGAAGAAAAGGUAGAAGAAAAGGCGGUAGAAGAGGAAGGAGACCUGGUACUAAAAAGGAAUUAGAUUUUAUUGAAAAGGAUGAUGAUUAUUCCGAUGAGGAUUUUGCAUAUAACGGUACUUCUGGUUCUAAAUCUAAAAAAAGAUUACAACCGGGCACUAAUAAUGAUAACGUCUCACCUCGUAAAAGGGGGAAAUCAGUCAGGCAAACAGGAGAUGACGAAGAAACCGUAGACUUGUCACUAGAACAAGAGCUAAAAGAACUAAAGGAAGAUGCGCCUAUGGAUAUACCCCAAAGAUCCUUAAGAGAACGUAAAAAAGAGGUAAAUUAUGCAAUUCCCCCAGCCAUAGAUCUAAUCCCUUCUCCUGAAGAUAACAGUUUACAUGCUUCCAAACCACAAUACUCGCAAACAACUUCAUUUUCAAAUAGUCCUAGAAAGGGGCCAGGAAGAAGAGGAGGUGGAGCCACAACAUCUUUUGGUCCCAUAAGAAGGCUUUUCCCCACUGGCGGUCCAUUUGGUGGUAAUGAUGUCACAUCCAUUUUUGGAAAAAAUACAAAUAUUUAUAAUACGAAUAAUAAUAAUAAUAAUAAUAACGGUACUAGUAGUAAUAUAAACAACACUACUCUUUUAUUGGAUUCAGAUUCUUCUGAUGAUGAAAUAUUACCAUUUGGAGAAAAUAGUACAAAAAAAAGUUCCACCAAAAAAAGAUCAAAAUCUAAAAAACCGGAAAUAGCUGACACCGACCCACUAGGUGUAGAUAUGAAUAUUGACUUUAACGAUGUGGGUGGGUUAGAUAACUAUAUAGAUCAGUUAAAGGAAAUGGUUGCAUUACCCUUAUUGUACCCAGAACUAUAUGCCAAUUUUAAUAUUACCCCACCAAGAGGUGUAUUAUUUCAUGGUCCACCAGGUACAGGUAAAACUUUAAUGGCAAGAGCAUUGGCAGCAAGUUGUUCCAAAACAAGUGGUAAAAAAAUCACUUUUUUCAUGAGGAAGGGUGCUGAUAUUCUAUCCAAAUGGGUAGGUGAGGCUGAGAGACAAUUAAGGUUAUUGUUUGAGGAGGCAAAGAAUAAUCAACCAGCUAUUAUUUUUUUUGAUGAGAUUGAUGGGUUAGCUCCAGUUAGAUCUUCUAAGCAAGAACAAAUACACGCAAGCAUUGUUUCUACAUUAUUGGCCUUAAUGGAUGGUAUGGAUAAUAGAGGCCAAGUUAUCGUAAUUGGUGCAACAAAUAGACCCGAUGCAGUUGAUCCAGCCUUAAGGAGGCCUGGUAGAUUUGAUCGUGAGUUCUACUUUCCAUUACCAAAUGAAGAUGCAAGGGCUAAAAUUAUUGAGAUUCAUACAAAGAAAUGGACCCCACUUUUGCCUAAAAAAAUGAUUUUGAAAAUUGCACAAUUGACGAGAGGGUAUGGCGGUGCAGAUUUAAGGGCAUUGUGCACAGAGGCCGCAUUAAACAGUAUACAACGAAGAUAUCCGCAGAUUUACCAAAGUUCUGCAAAAUUAAAAUUGGAUCCUUCAAAAGUCUCAGUCACUGCGAAAGACUUUAUUUUGGCAUUAGAAAAAAUAGUUCCAUCAUCCGCUAGAAGUGCAAACAAUUUUAUUUCUCAACCGUUGCCGAAGAAUAUUGAAUGCUUAUUGAACUUACAACUGGAAUCACUAAAAUGGGAACUAGAUCGCAUUAUACCAACAGAUUCAGUUACAAAAAAAGCCAGUAAGUCAAUGAUUAAAUAUUAUACUGAAUAUGAAGAUGAUAUUGAUGGAGAUACUGAUGCAGCUACUUUAGAUGGCGGCUUUGGUAAGCAAGAGUUUUUGAAAGAAAUAAAUAUGGCAAGAGUUGCUAAACCCAGAUUUUUAUUAUCUGGCCCACGAGGCAAUGGUCAGCAGUACAUUGGGUCAGCAUUAUUGAACUAUUUAGAAGGAUUCAAUGUGCAAACAUUAGAUUUAGGUAGCAUAAUGUCAGAAGCUACAAAGACAAUGGAAGCGUGUGUAGUUCAAACAUUUAAUGAGGCCAAAAGGCGCCAGCCUUCUGUUAUAUACAUUCCAAAUUUUGAAACUUGGAUUAAAUCUGUUUUACCAACCGUAGUAUACACUUUGUCAAGUUUGCUAAGAACUUUGAAAGCAGAUGAUAAAAUAUUGCUAAUGGCUAUAUGUGAUGGGGAUCUACCCGUGAAUAAUGCAUUUAUAAAUGAAUUUGAUUUUGAAACAGUCUUUGAACUGGUAAAGCCCAGCGAGAAACAGAGGGGUGAAUAUUUUAAGGAACUAGCCCAACUUUUCAACACAAAGCCAUCUAAAUUUGAAUUAUCCAAAAAAAGGACCAAGCCAUUAGAAAAAUUAACUGAAGUAGAGCCUACCGAAUAUGAAAAUGAUAGUGAUUAUGAUAGUGAUGGUAAUCCACUAAGUGCAAGGGAUAAGUUAAAAAAAGAGUUAAAAAAAUAUCAAUACGAUGAUAUGAAAUUGAAAAAUACAUUAAAAAUUAAACUUUCUGGGCUAAUGGAUUUAUUCAAGAACAGAUAUAAAAGAUUUAGAAAACCAAUAAUUGAUGAUGCAUACCUAGUUCAUUUGUUUGAGCCUAUUCCUGAAACAGAUCCAGCAAUUUCUUGGCAACCUGCGUACAUCAAAAAUGGAGACAAGAUCCUAGAAGUUGCUACUGGCAGGAAUUAUUAUAAUAUGGAUUUAGAUAUUAUUGAGGAAAGAUUGUGGAAUGGCUUUUACUCGGAACCAAAACAGUUUUUGAAAGAUAUUGAACUAAUAUAUCACGAUUCCAAUACCUCUGAGGAUAGAGAAAGAAUUAUUAAAGCAUCUGAAAUGUUUGCUAAUGCACAAGUUGGAAUUGAAGAUAUAUCGGUACCAGAAUUUAUAAGGCAAUGCAAGGAAACACGUAAAAGAGAGAUUUUAAGACAAAAAUUGUAUCAAGAAGAGGAAUUAGAAAAACAGAAAGUAGAAAAACAGAAAUUAGAAAAAGAGAAAAAAAAUGAUACGGAGAAAGAAGAAAAACACGCUCUCGUUGAGGAGGGAAAACAACAAUCUGAAGAACACCAUACAGCUGAAGCUGACCCGCAAAAUACAAAACUUGUAAGUGUCGGUUCAGGUAGUCAACUACAAGCCCAAUUAUUAGUUAAAAAGAGUUCAGAUUUCAUUUCCAAAGCUACUUCUGUAAGUUAUUUGUUGAACGAUGAUGAUACCUCAAAAGAAGAUCUUGUAAAAGAAGAUCUUGUAAAAGAAGAUCUUGUAAAACAAGGUAAAAAUGUGGAACAUUUGGAAGUAACAAACCCUACUAAAGCUAAUACGACUGACACUUCUCAAGUUACAGAAGAUAAAAUAAUACCAGAAAAUGAUAACGCUUUUAAAGACAAAAAGGAAACCAAAAAUGGAAACAAUACGGAUGUGGUAAAUACGUCAUUGGAUAAACUGAAAACUGAAGAUCCUGAACCUGCAUUUAUUAUAGACGAAUUGAGAUUAAAUGAGUGUAUAAAUAAAUUAUUACUAAGUACCGAUGGUUUCACUGUCGAUCAGUUACAAAAGAAAUACGCCAACAUUAUAAGCGAGUGUUGGAAGUAUCGUUUUAAUUGGGAUAGAACUGAAGCCCUUGAUAAAUUUUCUCAAAUUAUUUAA